AUGGAGCUGAGGGCGGCCGCGGCGCUUUGCCUCUACUGCCUCUGGAGCGCUUGCCGUCUGCGUCCGUGGCAGCUGGACGCCGCCGCCGUCAGGCCCCUGCUGCCCGCCUCGGCAGCGCAAGCGGCAGCCGCCAACGAGGAGAACCUCGACGUCAGAGACGCCGCCGCCUCGGCAGCCUGGAAGGCGAAGCGCGAAGGCGCGUUCCGCAACGGCACUGUGGUGCCUCACGACUACAUGGUAGCGCUUUACCACAGCCUGGCCCGGAGCAAGGAGCCUCCUGUGCCCGCCGUCGAAGGAGGCGGACGAGCGGACACCGUCACGGGCUUCGUAGACCAGGCGCAGCCGCGAGGUGAGCCAGCCCGGGUAGGGUGGUGGGUGGAAUGGGUUGGGAUGCCCAGAGCGCACCUGCGCCCUGGAGCAGGAGCCGUCGAGCCCCGUGCAAGGGGACAGGUGGGACUGCCAAGGACAGGUGGGAUCCUGUUUGUGGGAGCCAGUUCUUGCCCUCAUUGUCUCCGAAGUGAGUCCCGCUUCGCUUGAGACACUUCCCCCUCUCCUCCUGUGGUCAAAUCCCCAAGUAAGCGGUUUGCAUAGGAUUGCAGGCUUCACCCGCCCCCUCCCAGCGAACAAGUAAUCUGACCGGGAUCGCCCCAGUUAAACCCAGUUCUUGCGCAUAGCGGUGGAGGAGAGAUUUGCCUCGGGCAAGCGCCCGGCCUUCAGUUACGCCGGCUGUUCUGAUUUGGAUUGGAUACCUUGCAAUUCCACUCCAAGGCGAGAAUCGGGAUUCUUGCUCGGGGUGGUUAGUUUGAAAUCAACAUUGCCAACCUCUUGGGGUAGGGUAGCAGUCCAAAUCUGAUGCAAAGUACUUUGAAAAGUUACUCUCGGUUCUUCCAGCUGAUCCUAUCUAUUCUAAACGAUCUAAAAUAUUAAUCUCGAUCUAAUACAAAGCAACAAACGCCCCUCGACUGUGUGAUAGCUACCUCGUCUCUCUGCACUCUGCGAGUGAGAGGUUGGUCUAAAUUUUGCAAAUUCGAAAGAAAAAGAGAGUCGCUGCUUGGUUGUUGUUGUUUUUGGGUGGUUUAAAAUGGCAAAACAUUAAUAUAUAUAAUAUUUGUGUGUACAUCACACCCCAUACGUUUCGAGAAAAAUGCACCGUGUACCCUCAAGCUGGGGCGGGGAGGACUUAAUGUGAACCCAAACUGUUAAAUAAAUGUUGGCCCGAAGCAAAAGCAUACAGAGAGAGGAGGGGGAAAUCCAGAGAAUUGCGGCCGCUACAGUCCUGUGAGCGUGUAAUUCGACCAUACGAAAACAGCCAAGGAAAUGUAAAGCUGGAAAUAGUUUUGUUUUAAAUCCAAGCCGCGAAAGCAGAGGGGUCUAUCUAAAACUGCGGCCAGCCCAAACCUGAUAGGACACAACCCCACAACUGCGGAGGGUUUGCUCACCCCAAAUCCAAGGGGUUUAAUGGAAAGUCAAAUGAUUUCUGUUGGGGUUCUGCUCAAGAGCUGCAAAGUUUUCUGCAGAGGGUGGCAUUCGUUCUCUGACAAUCGGUUGCGUUUGAGAGCCAAAGGGAGCUGCAGAAGGAAAGAAAAGAAGGAAGGAAGGAAGGAAGGAAGGAAGGAAGGAAGGGAGGGAGGGAGGGAGGGAGGGAGGCAGAGAGAGAGAGAGAGAGAGAGAGAGAGAGAGAGAGAGAGAGAACUGAACCAAUAUUUUUUUUGAGAGCAGAAAAGAGGUCAGACCGGACCAGAUAAGAUUUUUCAGCUGAAGCGAGAAGCAAGAAAAAUCUGUCCAAAUGCACUGUGUGGCGGAUUUUCUGCAGACUGCAGAGAGCUCAGCGCUGUCCCGCCGCUUCCCUCUCCGGGCCCUCUCUCUUCUGCCAGUGGGUGGGCCAGCUUUUGGCACCCAGCGAGCGUGACAGCUCAGCGGCCCGCUUUGACUCGGGAGGCCACCUGGCGUCGGGCAAAGAGAGCUGAGGUGCAUCUGGUUUGCUGGCUGGACGACGGAGUGGGUGGAGAUAGCAGGUGUAAGGCAAAGGAGGGAGGGGGGAGGCGGCGGUGGCCGCCGGGCGACCAAUCCUCGCGGGCGCCUUCUUCCUCAUGCAAAUACAGCUCCGCCGCGGAACAGAGCGCAACCUGCCUGCAAGGGUCAGGAGGAGGGUUGAACCACCUUCUUCCCCAGAGCAUCGCUGGGCAGGCGGGACUCUUGUCCAUGCAGUGCGCUCCGCGCUCCUGCAAAAGACGCACGGUUCCAGCCGCCUCCCCACGCGUCGCGCGCCACUUUGCGCCCUCCUUCUUCCUGGGCUGGCACAGCCAGGUUGCUAGGGAGGGGACAGCCCUCUCACCCCGUCACCUGGGGCGUUAAGACUAACGUAGAGCAACUUUAUUUUCCCCCGCACCCACCCACGUCGCUUCCCUUCCUUUAGCUUUGGGGGGUCCUAGUCUUGGGUGGUGGCAUUCCUGUUCCCCCAACUUUGGCAAGGUACGGAAGCGGUGCGGUGGGGUGGGGGAAGGGUGCGUGCGCUCGCGCGCUUUGUUUUACAGUUUGGUUCAUCUGGAGCGCAUUAAUCUGCGCUGGAGGAGCCAUUAAAGUGUGGAGAGGUUCAGGACGCUGUAAACGCAUUUCGAGUUGGGGGGGGCGCUUCGGCCUGCCUCCCACCGCACUGCCUCCCACCUCAACCCCUCUCCCGUUUGCCCUGCCCGGAGCCAUUUGGCACGCGACCCCUCUUGGGAAGAAGGUGACACGAAGGAACUGAAGGGAGAGGCCAAUUUCUCACCGAAAACGUAAAAAAUCCAAAAGCAAAACAACCCAUCGCGCCUGCUCCGCGGGGCGGAAAUGGUUUGUUUUCGCCUGCAGCGGACUAACCAACAUCUCAAGCCGCUUUUGAGUGCUGCGCUCCACUCUGCUUCUGACAGCAGCUAUUUUAUUUACUUAACCGGCCACAAUCCAGCCAGUUUUAAAACAAUCAGAUUGAAGACGGAGCGAUGUAAACACGCGCUCAGUAGCCAUCCGUCACGGAUGCUUCAGCUGAGAUUCCUGCAUUGCAGGCGGUUGGGCAGGAUGGGCCUUGAGGUUCCUUCCAACUCAACAAUUCUGUGAUUCCUCUACAGAGCCCCGGCGCUUACAGUGCUUUAAUUGUGUUCGGCUUUGGGACACCUAUUUAUUCGUGUGAAUCGCCUUUCCAUGAGUUUGCGCCGAGGCUGACGCGCAAAUCCAUGUUUCAAAACGGGAACAAAUGAAAAAUAAACGGUGAAGUCGCAGAAAUAAGAGAGAGAACGCGCGACCCAACCGAAGUUAAGCAUUUUAAAAAUAAAAUACAACUGUGUAUCUACUUCGGCUGUAACCCUCUCUGCCAUAGUAGUUCCGGGACAUUAUUCGUCUUUUUGUCAAAGGCUGCGCUGCUAAGCAUUCUUAUUGGGGAGCAAACUUUCCGGUAAACGCACGUUGUGCGCCCCCGAGUUGUUCUUUAUUGCGGGUGAUGGUGGAGAGGAGACCAUAAGCCCGGAGUUAAGUUAGGUUUGGGGUGAGGAGGGGUGCGGGGGAAGCGCCAGAGUUGAGCGCUAUUUCUAGCAGAACGAAAAACCCAAUUUUUCAGGCUGAUGGGGGCAGUUUGCACUGAGCAACCUGGCUGGUGGAGACAUAUAAACGUCGGAAGGGUUCGAUACGCUUCAGAACAGAAUGCAAGCGAAUUAAAAAAAGACAAAGGACAAAAGGGGAUCCCGGGCUAUAUAGCUGAAAGGAAGUGCUAUGUGAGUUCGGAGAAGUUUUGUUCUUUAUGGGUCCCCCCGCGCCCAUGAAGACGGUCUGCCUCAGGGAGAGAAAGCCCCCAAAGGGAGGCGAGGUUUGAGGUUCCGCUGUGCUUAAAAAGUCAGGGCGCCGCCAGGCUAACCAUAACUCCGGCUUGUCCCUUUUGGGGUGAAAACGAGGCAUGUGGGCUUUGGGCGCAGGAUAACUGAAUUUAGCCUAACUGAAUUCAGGGCAGCUGAACACUUAGCACACACAUACGAAAUUCCUCCUGAAAUUGUUGUGUCUGAAUGGGUUGAACAGCAGGUCAUCAUCGCCAGGCGCUGUUGGAAAGAUCUCCCGGUUCGUUAGUGAUUGCUCACAAAUAAUCUAGAGGUCAAAUCCAGCUCAGCACGGAAUAUCAAGGGGGGUCAACUUCCUAGUGAGAAUAUUUAGGAAGGGAUACAACCUAUAUCCCUUGGUGGAUAUAACCUAAGGGGCAUUUGUAACUAUGGUGUAAGUUUUCCCAUAAAGGAUGCUAACCGUCCAAGGAGGACUGAAAAUGCUCCUGUUGUAUCUGAUUCAGACUUCAACACCGAAGUUAACGGAAUUAGACCGAUUUAUGCUCUGCAACUUCAAAGGUUUAAACGGUAGAUCGGUGACCUGGUUUUAAAGAGAGGCAGAUCGAGAGAUCUUGAGUCGCACGAGCUUCAACCGUACAAUAUUUAGUCGUUUGAUCGAUUGAUUUAAUUACACACCUAGGUUUGCAUAUGAAUAAAAUUAAAUGAAAUAAAAGUGAACUUCGUUUCCAGAGGAUAUAUAUAAAAUCAGUCUAAUCUAACAGCUAAAUCCAGGGGUGGGGAUUGGGGGAAAUGUCCCAUCCUCCCUUCUGAUAUUGUUGGACCACCUGCCCAUUGGCCAGAUGUUGGUUGAGCUGGAAGUCCACCAACAUCUGGAAAACCACAGCUUCCUCGCUCCUGCAUGUAUCUAGGUCUAGGUCUAGGGAACCAGCUGCGUGGCUGGACCUUCCCGUUAGUAAAUAUCAUAAGCAGCAGCUUAUUUCUUCGCGUUUCUACUAGAAGGGUAAACACGAAAAAGCGGGUAUGUUUGCAUUCCGGUCUGCGAGUUUACGCACAUUCAUACGCACGUUUAACUUCAUCCCCCGCCCCCGCCCUAAGGAUUCUAUACAUAUAUAAAUUAAUCCACCCCACCUGAGGGAGUUGAACAGGUGAAGCACCUGCUGAAAUCAAUGGGUUUUGUGAGAACAUAAAAACCGGAGCCAUUUAUUGCAGCAUAAGCUUCUGAAGACUGGAAGCUUAUGCGGUUCCUGAAAACUUUCGCCGCGGUAAAACUGCCGGCGUUUAAGGUGUCUCAAUACCCUUUUGGCAAGUUUUUGCCGCAACACGGGAAACCCCCACUCUGAAUAUGGUGACUGGAAUCUCGUGGGACUUGGGCUGGGUCUUGCCUCUGCUCAGUGCCAGGUUUCAAAAAGGAAAAGGAAAGCCUUCGUCGGAAGCAGCCCGGUUUCCAGGGGGGCUGAAAGCGAGAAGCCCUCUGUGCAGGCCCAUUGGCUUCUGAGAGGGGGCCCCCCAUCUCUCUUUGAAGGCCAAGAGGAAGGAGGACUCGACGCCGGGGAAUAUCUGUCCGAGCUGCUUGCUUUCCCUCUUAGGAAUCUGCUUCCAAGAGCGCAGCGCAGGGCCCGCAGGCUGCGGUUUCUGGGAGUUUCAAAGCAAAACUGAAACCAGCUGAGCAAUUCAAAGGGGUCUCCUCCCCUCCUUAUCUGUUCCUAUCCAGACUUCUACGUCGGAUUUUUUGGGGGGGCGGGAGCCAACAAAUCAGCCCGCUGUUUUCCACCCUAGUGGAGAUGUUUUCCACCCCAGUGCGUAAGGGGGUCAUUGAUUUGAGUUCCCCAGGAAAGCCCUGGGCUCUAUGAAUUAAGACAUCAAUGAAAGGUUCCUUCUUAUCAUAGAAUUGUACUUGGGGUCCUUGAGGAUUCUGGUCCAAGCCCCGGCAAUGCAGGAAUCUCAACCAAAGCAUCCAUGACAGGUGACCAUCCAAACUCUGCUUAGAAACCUCCAAGGAGGGAGAGUCCACCACCUCCCGAUGGAGUCCGUUCCACUUUCUAACAACUCUUACUGUCAGAAACUUCUUCCUGAUAUUUAGUGGGAAUGUUCUUUCUUGUACCUCGAAGCCAUGGGUUCGAGUCCUAUCUUCCGGAGCAGGAGGAAACAAGCUUGCUCAAUCUUCCAUGUGACAGAUAUUUGAAGGUGGCUCCGAAAGAUCAAAGUUGGAAGCGGGUGGCGCUGUGGGUUAAACCACAGAGCCUAGGACUUGCCAAUCAGAAGGUCGGCGGUUCAAAUGCCCGUGACGGGGUGAGCUCCGGUUGUUAGGUUCCAUGUCCUGCCCACCUAGCAGUUCGAAAGCACGUCAAAGUGCAAGUAGAUAAAUAGGUACCGCUCCGGCGGGAAGGUAAACGGCAUUUCCGUGCGCUGCUCUGGUUCGCCAGAAGCGGCUUAGUCAUGCUGGCCACAUGACUCGGAAGCUGUACGGCCGGCUCCCUCGGCCAAUAAAACGAGAUGAGCGCCGCAACCCCAGAGUUGGUCACGACUGGACCUAAUGAUCAGGGGUCCCUUUACCUUUACCUUACCGAACGAUCAAUACUCUAACCGUCCACCCCACCAGGUGUUAAAGAACUCUACUUUUGUCUCUCUUCCAAUAUAUGAUCACUUUUUUAAAACAGCAGCAACAACAGAUCUUUUAAAUGAUUCUCAGCAUCUUCCCAUUCUUUCCCGUUCUCAAAGUCAAUCUGGAAGGGUGGGUUAUCAUCACCCUUUCAGGAUUUAUUUAGCAAGGGAAGAAUGGGAGAGCGAGUCAAUCUCGAACAGGGAGCAAGUUCAGCUGAAAUCACUGGACACGUAUCUUCUCUAAGGCGAAGCUGUGGAGCCAAUGCAGGCUCUUGGCUCCUUCCAGUUGGAAGGCCAACUUCGAUCGGACCCAACACUCUCCCCCCUCUUGAGAGUGGCUUCCCCAGCAAUCCGUUUAAGAUCGUGAUUCGGAGGCAGCAACCUAUUGAAGCCAAUGCAUAGGAUCGCGCUGUAAGAAUGAUUCCAAUAGACGCUCAGCGUAUUUUCAGCAAUGCCCGUUUUGUGCGUGUAUAUAAGAAGCGACGCGUAGUGGUGCUGUGCCGGAGGGGCCGCAUUUGAGAAAUCUUCUUUCCCCUUCUCCUCCUCCCUCCUUUUAUUUAUUUUAAUCCGAUUUUGUUUAUCUGUUGUCACGUCUGAUGCGUUUAAUCAGUCCCAGGAAAAGGGCUACGUCCGGCUCGGAACAUUUACAUGGGAGGGCGGGUGGGAAAGGGUUAAGAAUAUGUGCGCAGGGUCAGACCCCUUCAACAGCAGUCAGACCCCUAACUAGCGCGGCUCGGUCCUCUUUCUCCUCUCUGCGCCCCAACUCCAAGGAUAUAGAUGGACACACACGUGAACAAAAUGAUCUUUGGCAGAUUGGGAAAAUGUUUAACUUGGCACGGAGGAGGCAAGAAAGACAUGAAACAACCUUCCAGAACCUGCUCGAUCCGAGGGCUGGGAAAUAAAUACAGAUGGUUACUGUAAAGAUCUUUCUCAUUGUCUCUCCCCGAAGGAAGGCGCGGGCUGGCGAGAGGAGGGAGGGACCCAGGCUCGUCUGUUUCAAAGACAAGCCUCUCCAGGGGCUUGUUUUUCGAAAAUGAGACGAAAAGCAGGUCCAAAACGCAUGGCCCUUUUACCUCAGCCGCGCUGUCCGCCCGGCAACCUUAGACCGGGUUUUCUGCACACGCUCAGAGGUGACGUUGUACAUUCCACCAGGCCUGAGCAGCGAGAACGAGUUUCGGAGGAGCUGCUCUGUAAACGGUCGCACAAUUGCGCACCCUGUCUAUACACGAGAAGCGCUGGGCUUAAUUGAACUGUCAGACGCACCCUCUCCCCUUUAAUGUCCGGCGCAGCAGCAGUAGGGAUCAAAGUGCCUAUGGGUAUGUUCAGAAGCCCUUUCUUUCUCCCGUAACAAAUAGAAUCGUAGACUUAGAGGGGACCCCAGGGUCAUCUAGCCCAACCCCCUGCAAUACAGGAAACUCAGCGAAAGCAUCCACGACAGAUGACCAUCCAGUCUCAGGACUGGGGCGCUACUGGCCCUGCAACGGGCAAAGUAGCGCUCGCUUCAUGGGCAGCAGCUUCCUAGCAGCCAAUUAGGCGCAUUCAGGGGCAAUGCCUGGUAAGUACGCAUAGCUUGAUCCAGGAGAACCCCGACUCGCGGCAGAGGGUUCCCUGCUGGACGACAGCUCCCACCACUGGCCCUGCUGGCUGGGGUUGAUGGCAGCUGAAGUCCCCAAGAGACACUUCCAGGUUCCAGGCCUGAGUUGGCGGGAGAGGCCAGGGUAACAAGGCAACCGCGCCGUCGGGCCAGGCGCGGCUUUUAGGGCGCACAGCUCUGCGCUUGCUCUUGAUUCACGUUUCCUUCUGUCCCCCUCCUCUCUUUCUGCAGAUGACUCUCCGUCGGAAGCGGCGCAGCGCUACCUCUUCGACAUCUCCAGCCUGCCCGAGCUGGACGAGGUGGUGGGCGCCGAGCUGCGGAUCCUGCGCAAGCCCCCGGGAAACCGGAGCUUGGCCACCUCCCCAGAAGGCCUCCUCCACCGGCUGCUGCUCUCCUCCUGUCCGGAAGGGGAAAGCCACCAGCCGGGCCUCUUAGACUCCAGGGCCGGCGACCUCUUGGACUCGGAAGGCCUUUCUUCCUCGUCGCCCAACAAGUGGGAAGUCUUCGACGUGUGGGCAGCCUUGACGGGCGGGGCCGAGGAAGGCGGCAGCCCUCGCCACCCUCGUCCGUCGCUUUGCUUCCUCCUGAGGGUCGUCUCGGAGCAGUCCGGGAGACUCCUCCCGCCGGGACAGCUGGGCUUCCGCAGAGAGCAGCCGUCGGAGCCGCACGAGAGGGCGCUGCUGGUGGUCUUCUCGCGCACCAAGCGGAAGGAGAACCUCUUCAAGGAGAUCCGAGAGAAGAUCAAGGCUCUGGGCGGCGGUCCCGGGCUCUUGCUGGAGCCCCCCGACUCGGGACAAGAUCCCCUAGCCAAGCAGCAGCGCCGCCGCCGUCGGAGGACCACGCUGGCGGGCCGGGCGGCCGGGGGGCGAGGCCACGGCAAGAAGGCCAAGAGCCGCUGCAGCCGGAAAGCCCUGCACGUCAACUUCAAGGAGCUGGGCUGGGACGACUGGAUCAUCGCGCCCCUGGACUACGAGGCGUACCACUGCGACGGCGUGUGCGACUUCCCUCUGCGCUCGCACCUGGAGCCCACCAACCACGCCAUCAUCCAGACGCUCAUGAACUCCAUGGACCCCGACGCCACGCCGCCCAGCUGCUGCGUGCCGUCCAAGCUCAGCCCCAUCAGCAUCCUGUACAUAGACUCCGGCAACAACGUGGUUUACAAACAGUACGAGGAUAUGGUGGUGGAGACGUGCGGGUGCAGGUAG